AUGUGCAAUUUGGCGAUGUCGGUCGAGCCGCUUAUUCCCAGUGACCGGUUCUCCAAGAUGCAUCCAGUGCUUAAGGCUUUCUUAUGUGGCUCUGUCAGCGGUACAUGCUCCACACUCCUAUUUCAGCCUCUUGAUCUUGUCAAAACCAGGUUACAGAGUCAUCAGCUCUCCACAAUGAGAAUCCGUCCUGGGAUGUUAAACCUGUUUCUCAAUGUUAUCCGUAAUGAAAACAUUUUGGGGCUGUGGAAAGGUGUCUCACCGUCAUUUCUACGUUGUAUUCCUGGUGUUGGUCUUUACUUCAGCACCUUAUAUGCACUGAAGCAACAUUAUUUCACUGAACAAGAUCCUACCCCUGUGGAGUCUGUUCUGUUGGGGGCAGGGUCCAGAACCGUUGCAGGUGUCUGCAUGCUACCUUUCACAGUUGUAAAGACGCGUUAUGAGAGUGGCAAAUAUGGCUACAGAAGCGUGUAUGGUGCUUUGCAGAAUAUUUACAGAACAGAGGGUCCACGUGGCCUUUUCAGUGGUCUUACUGCUACACUCCUGCGUGAUGCCCCUUUUUCAGGCAUAUAUCUAAUGUUUUACACCCAAGCAAAAACGAUUGUGCCACAAGAAGAGGUUGAUCCUGCACUGACCCCUCUGCUGAACUUUAUGUGUGGAAUUAUGGCUGGCAUCCUGGCAUCUGUGGUUACUCAGCCUGCUGAUGUCAUAAAGACUCACAUGCAACUUUCUCAUGAGAAGUAUCGCUGGACUGGCCAGGCUGCCAACUACAUCUUUAAGAACCAUGGGCUAGCUGGAUUUUUCAGAGGGGGCUUGCCACGUGCGUUGAGACGAACCCUGAUGGCUGCUAUGGCUUGGACUGUGUAUGAACAGAUGAUGAAGAAAAUGGGAUUGAAGUCUUGACCUGAAGAGCUGUCUAACAUAGUUUAUCAAUAAAAGUUGUUUGGGUAAAGAUUGCAUCUGUUACCUUUUAUGUAGAUGAACAUCAGGCGUUUUGAACAUUGCUGAAUUUAUUGGUUGCUGAAUAUGAAAUGUGUUUUCCUGUCAGCAAUGAAGAAAGUAGUGUUUGACUCUAAAUACAGUGAGAAUAGAAUGAUUGUGUUCAUGUUUUAUCUUGUCCUGUGUUAAAUGUUAAAUACGAACACCCAUAAUGUUCCUUAUUAUUAUAUGUUGACAUUGCUGAGCAAUAAACUAUAUAACUAUAUGAAGACAUUACAA